GCUCAGCGACGGGGAAGAUGGCGCCGUCGCACGUCCUCAAGUGCUGCCAGAGAGUGCUGGCUUGGGUGCCCGUGGUCUUCAUCGCCCUGGUCGUGGCCUGGUCCUAUUACGCCUACGUGGUGGAGCUGUGUGUGUUUACAAUUACCUCAGUUGGAGAAAAAGUUGUCUACCUUGUGAUUUUUCAUCUGUCAUUUGUUAUGUUUGCGUGGUCCUAUUGGAAGACUAUUUUUACAUCUCCUGCCUCCCCUUCCAAUGAGUUUUCUUUAUCAAAAAGUGAUAAGGAGCAAUAUGAAAAAGAAGAGAGACCAGAAUCUCAGCAGGAAAUUCUAAGAAGAGCUGCUAAAGAUCUGCCUGUCUAUACUACAACAACAUCAAGAGCUAUUAGAUACUGCGAUAGAUGCCAGCUGAUCAAACCUGAUCGAUGUCAUCAUUGUUCUGCAUGUGACCUAUGUAUACUGAAAAUGGAUCAUCAUUGUCCUUGGGUGAAUAACUGCGUGGGAUUUUCCAACUACAAGUUUUUUCUCCUCUUUUUAUUUUAUUCCCUCCUGUAUUGUCUAUUUGUUGCUGCUACGGUUCUUCAGUAUUUCAUAAAGUUUUGGACAAACGAACUACCAGACACCCGUGCAAAAUUCCAUGUUCUUUUCCUUUUCUUUGUGGCUGCUAUGUUCUUCAUCAGCAUACUGUCAUUGUUUAGUUACCACUGCUGGCUAGUUGGUAAAAACAGAUCAACAAUUGAAGCUUUCCGGGCACCAAUGUUUCGAAAUGGGCCUGACAAAAAUGGCUUCUCUCUUGGAUGUCAAAAAAACCUAAGAGAGGUUUUUGGAGAUGAAAAAAAAUACUGGCUGCUCCCUAUUUUUACAAGCUUAGGAGAUGGUUGCAACUUUCCAACACGCCUGGUGAUUAUGGAUCCUGAGCAGCUCGCUGUCUCAAGCCAAAAUGAAACUGUUAAAAGCUCUUCUACUAGUCAGCCAUUUCCUACUAGGCCACUCAGUGAGUCUCAAAAUCGAUUGCUCGCCGGUGAUAACCAGUGGGUAGAGGUCAGUUCAGAAGAUGAAGCUGUUAAAUCAGGUGUAAAAAAACAUAUUAUAGUUUCAUUGGAGAGUUGAUCUUAUCUCAGUAUCCAUUUCUUUCAGAGAAGGAGAAAUGAUUUCUACAAUACAUUUGUGCUUGGAUGUUAUUUUUUU